UCUUACGUGAACCAAAUUAACCUUACCCAUUACAAGGCUAAGUCAGACAAGACAAAAGCCUUAGGAGAGAAUUUGGGAUAUCCAAAAAAAAACAAAAAAACAAAAAAUCAUCUUAUUUUCUCACAACUCAAAACUCUCCUUCAAGAAAAAGACCAAAAAAAAAAACAAAAAAAAAAAGAAAAAAAAACAGAAAAUUCUCUUUCAUUUGAGGACAUCAAAUCAGACAUUAUGGCAAAUUCAUCAUCAGGAAUGGCGGUCCAUGAUGAGUGCAAGCUCAAGUUUUUGGAUCUGAAAGCCAAAAGAAAAUAUAGAUUCAUAGUGUUCAAGAUUGAGGAGAAGAUGCAACAGGUGACCGUCGAGAAGGUCGGUGGUCCCGACGAAACCUACGAUGAUUUCACUGCUUCCAUCCCUGCCAAUGAGUGUCGUUAUGCUGUCUAUGAUUUUGACUUCACAACCGAAGAGAAUUGCCAGAAGAGCAAGAUUUACUUCAUUGCCUGGUCACCAGACUCAUCAAGAAUAAGAAGUAAAAUGUUGUAUGCAAGUUCGAAGGAUAGAUUCAAGAGAGAGUUGGAUGGAAUUCAAGUCGAAUUACAAGCCACGGAUCCGAGUGAGAUGAGCUUUGACAUCAUUAAAUCGAGAGCUCUCUAAAUCCAAUCCAAACAAAAAAAUAAAUAAAUAAAACAAUACACUUUCUCAUUUCUACCCAAACACUUUACUUAUUUUCUUUUCGAUCCUUGUGUUAAAUUAUUUUAUUUUAUUACCCUUCUCCUUAUUUGCCUAAAUUUACACUUUUUGUGUAGUUUUACUAUGCAUUGCUAUAGUAUUCAUGAGGUUUGGAGUAUGCUUUCAUGUAUCUCGACUAAUCUCACGAGACAACUCAUCUGACCCUACAAUAUUUGAGUGUUAAAAGGAAAGAUAUAAUAUCUUUCUAAUCAAAGUUGUAGAGUGUGUCAUUUCUAUAGUUUUUGCAAUUUUUCGUUUUCACUGUGAGUCUUUUGAAUUUACAUAUGGAUUACUUUAAUGAAAAGUUUGUAAUGGUAUAUAUAUGAUUCAUUAAAUUGCAAGUUUACUAAUUGAAUUUAUAAAAUUUUGUCUGAUAAA